UAGGAGGGACACGAUUGCCUUGUCACCGUUUAUUGCAAAGCAAGGUGUGCGACUUUCUUUGCAUUUGUUGUUUCACUUUUCUAUUUAAGCCAAUUGAAUUGAAAAUAUUCUAAAAAAUGCCCUUAAUAAUUUAUGGUAAACCACUAGGUGCUGCUCUACCACGUCCACUUAAAGAGUUGUGGGAAUUUUUUCCUCCCUUAAAGGAAGCUUCAAUGAAACUCCGAGAUAUUCCAGUGAAAUUGUUAAACCCAAAAGGUUUGUUGUAUGUUGGACAGAAAGAAUAUGCUGGGACAUCUCCUGUCGACAAUUCCAUAUCAUACCUAGGAACAGAUAGUGCUACAACAUGUCACAUUGCAGUUCUAAGGGAGACAGGCUCUGGAGCCACCUGUAUUGGUCAUUUUGAUGGGUCAGCUACUUACAAAGGAGUUCAUGGAAUGUUAAAAAAUAUAAUGGAUAUUGCUGGAUCUGUGACUGGCAGGUUUGAACUCACAUUAGCUGGUGGUUUUAACGAUGAAAAAAGAAUAUCCUCUCAGAUUUCUGAUGAAUUGUUAUAUGAGUUCAACAGUCAUCCUCAAGAUGUCCAUCUCAUGUGUGCAACAAUCUCAGAUAUGAACACUGUUAUGAAAGAAAGUACACCUUUCCCUGUAAUCUAUGGUCUUGGGGUGGAUAUGAAACAUAGAGAAAUAUUUCCUGCCACAUUCGUAGACCGAGGACCUGAUUAUCCAUUAAGAAAUGCUAUGAGAAUGUUUGAUUUGCAGGAUUCUUUUCCUUGUAUCUAUAACUUUCAUCUCCGAAGAAUAGUUGUGCAGCCUUUCAACUACUGCGUAGAUGAUGUAAGCUGUGUUGAUAAAUUUAUAAACCUUACUGAUAAAGAAAUUCUUAUGAAAUUUUCCACAUCUCCUAAACAAGAGCCACCCAAUUUUGUUGAGGACUUCCGAAAUACUUUUAUUCACAUCAGAAUACAUCCAACACCUAUGAAAUCUCUCUUCAAAAAUGGACUUCCCCGCUAUUACAAGCAAUCCCCUGAAGGGAUGUGGGUGGAUUCUGGUCACAGUUAUCGAUGAUGUAAUUAACCCUAAUACAACAAUAACAACAAUAAACCAAGAGCCAACAUAUUA